AUUUCAACGACUUUGAACUGCAUGGUGCCGCCAUUGGCAUGGAGCAGAAAGGCGCACUGACUCUUGGUAUUAGUAGUAGUAGUUGGAGCAGCUAGAACUGGCAAACAAACGUUUCUUGCUGUAGAUUAGACGUGACUAGUUUGCUUUUGCCGCGUGGUGUACCAUACACAGAUUGGAGCUGAAGGCAGUGGAAAAGAAGGUGGUCGCCUGCUCGUUUCAUCCUGAGAGGGACUGUAAAAGCCCCACAGGAAAAUGGAGACCGGUUUUACCUCGGGCCUUGCUCUUGUCAGCAGGGGACCAAUUGUGGUCCAGCACGACGGCCACGUCGGCAUUCUUGAGAACGGCAGGCUCAUGUGCAUUGCGGCGCCGUCCACUCUGUCCGACGCCAAGCUCUGCUACGAUGCGCACGCGCCAUCUGGCACGCUCUCGUUGGCCACUGGUGCGCUCCCCGAAGGCUGCUGCCUCGAGGAGGAUCCCCACGUGUGCCUCGUCCCCCACACCUGCAUGACACCAGACGUGUGCCUGGCCCCUCAUGUACACAGUCAUGAUGAGGGUGGUGGCGUCGCAAGUGAGCUCACGAAGCUCCUGGCAACCGCGAGCUGCGCCCUCCCGAUGUCCCUUCUCGCCCCCGCCGCCUGCUUCCCCAUCCCCUCCACUCAAGACGAGCAUGCGCACCACGAUGGGUGCGGCCACGAGCGCAUUCCUCACGGCGAUCACUACGACUUUCUGGUUCCCCAAGAAGACGGCUCGUAUUUGCUCCGCCACGCGCACCUGGACGCGAAGGGCACCGCGCAUUUUGACGAUCAUGGGAGGCUGGUUCGGGAGCCGGGGAUGAGAGCAGCACAUGCGGAGGCGCUCGCUCGCAGCAGCAGCAGCGCGAACAUGCCCAGCAGCCCCAGCACAGGCCUCCGCCGCCGCCGCAAGCUGCUCGACAUCUUCAGCUACGAGAGCCCUCAGCGGGGGGGCUACCAUGCGCUCUCUAUCGAGCCUGCCGACGACAACCCCCCAGACGAAACCGAACCGCCUCUGGGACCCAUCCAACUCUCCCCGCGCCCAACACCCCCCCAGUCCGAAAUCCUCGCCAGCAUCCCCUCGAAACGUCCCCCUCAGGAGAUCGAGGAAGCGGUCAGCGUCGCGGUGGGGGGGCCGUCCGCAGUGCAAAAGACGGUUCUCGACGUCCUCGGCAUCUGCUGCCCGUCCGAGGUCCCGCUGAUUCACCGGAUCCUGGAACCGCUCCCCGGGGUUUUGGAGGUUUCCGUCAACGUCCCUGCGAAAACCACGACGGUAUUGUUCGAUCCUGCGUUGGCGACGGAGCUCCAGCUCGUCAAAGCACUGAACGAGGCGCGGCUGGACGCGCGUCUCCAUUCCCGGGGGCAGGUUCGCCCCCUGCAGCGGUACCCCCGCUGGAACGUCAUUCUCUGCGGGGUGCUGCUCGCAGUCUCGUUCGUUAAGUACGCGUUUCCCCCCAUAAAGUGGGUCGCGCUCGGGGCGGUCGCGCUCGGGCUCCCGCCCAUUCUGCUGAAGAGUCUAGCGGCGCUGAGGAACUUCGUGCUGGACAUCAAUGCGCUGAUGACGAUCGCGGUUGGAGGGGCGCUCGCGCUCGGGGACUUUGAGGAGGCGGCGUCGGUGGUGUUCCUGUUUGCGAUCGCGGACUGGCUCGAGGGGCGGACCUCCGAACGGGCCCGCUGUGCGCUCGAGGCUGUUCUCUCGCUCGCCCCUGACACCGCCGUCCUCGCGGACACCGGACAGCGCGUGCCCACCUCGGACGUCCCCGUCGGCUCUCUCCUCUCCGUCCGUGCCGGCGAGAUGAUCCCCAUUGACGGCGUUGUUGAGAACGGGUCCUCCGCCGUGGACGAAUCCAGCCUGACCGGUGAAUCGAUUCCGAUCACGAAGCACGCCGGAAGCGAUGUCUGGGCCGGGACGCUGAACCUCGGGGGAUUCCUCCGGGUGAAGACGACUGCCCUUGCGGCAGACUCGGCGGUCGCCCGGUUGGUCCGCCUGGUUGAAGACUCCCAGAGCGCGCGUUCCGCGAGCGAGCGGAUGGUCCAGAAGUUCGCGCGCUUCUACACGCCGGCGGUCGUUCUGGCCGCGGUGCUCAUCGCCGUGAUCCCGUUCGCGGUCGGCGUUAGCGAUCCGAAGCACUGGCUGUACCUCGCUCUAGUUCUCCUCGUCGUGGCGUGCCCGUGCGCGCUGGUCAUCUCGACGCCGAUGGUGUCGGUGUGCGGGAUCGCGGAGGCGGCGCGCAACGGCGUGCUGAUCAAGGGCGGCGCGCAUCUGGAGACGCUCGGGCGGAUGAAAGUUCUGGCCAUGGAUAAGACGGGAACGCUGACCGAGGGCCAUUUUCGAGUGGCGCAAGUGCUGCCGCUGGACGGGCAGACCGACGAAAAGGAGGUAUUGUUCUGGUUGGCAUCAAUCGAGGCCCUGUCGAGCCACCCCCUGGCUGCUGCCGUGGUGUCAUACGCGCGACUGCAAGGAGUAGAGGCCAGUACUGACACCGCCGGCUUCGAGAUUCUUCCGGGGGAGGGCGUGACGGCGCUUGUGCAGGGGCGCCGUGUGCACGUGGGCAAUGUUCGGACGGCCGAGCGGCUCGGGUGGACUGGCGCUGUGGACCCGUCCAUUUUGGAGCUUUGGAUGUCUGAGGGGGGUACCGUUGGCUGGCUGGGAGUGGACGAGCAGCCCCUCGCCGUGUUCAGCGUCGCGGACCAGCCGCGCCCGGAGGCCACCCAGGCAGUGCGCGAUUUCAAGAAAGCGGGCCUGCAGGUUGCGAUGCUAACGGGCGACAACGUGGGGGCGGCCAUGGCGAUCAAGAGCCAGAUCGACUCCGGCAUGGCCGUCCAUGCGGGGCUCCUCCCUGCGGACAAGGUGACGGUUCUUCGGACGCUUAAGCGGUCCGGCGUCACAGGCAUGGUUGGGGACGGCAUCAACGACGCGCCGGCACUUGCGGCCGCUGACGUCGGCAUUGCGAUGGGCGUGGCAGGUUCUGCUGUCGCGAUGGAGACUGCGGACAUGGCCCUCAUGACUAACGACCUGCGCCAGCUAGCGCGCGCCGUGGUCCUCGCGCGCAGCUGCCGCGCCAAGAUCAUCCAGAACGUGGUCCUCUCCGUGGGCUCCAAAGCCGUCGUCCUAGUUCUCGCGUUCGUCGGGUACGCCGCCCUGUGGCUGGCCGUUGUCGCUGACGUGGGCACGUGCCUGGUCGUCAUUCUGAACAGUCUGCGGGUGCUGACGCGUGCGAAGCCGGCGCCUCGAGGGGGUGUGCACUGCGUGGCGGAGAGCUGCGGCAUCCAGGGGGUGGGCUGUGGGGAGAACGCGCAGGGGGGUGAGGGAUGCUGCAGCGAAGGGGAGGGGGGGGGCGGAGUCGGAGGCGAAGGCGUGCUGUGGCGAGGGAGAGGGGGGCUGCGGGGAGGGCGCUGGGGAGGGGGUUCAGAGGAAGGAGAAACACGGUCAUAAGCACGGACAUAGUCACGGAGAGAAGCAUAAGCACGGACAUAAGCACGGCCAUAACCACACACAUAAGCACGAAGAUAAGUCGGAUUGCAAACACGAACAUGAGUCUAAGCAGGGAGACCACAAGCACGCCGGCGGAGCAGCGCACAGCCAUUCUCACAGUCAUUCGCACGGGCACUCGCACGCGCACUCGCACGGUUUGAGCCGGUUCUUCAAGCCGGCUUGCGUGUCUGGCCAUAAGCACGCGGACGAAGAAGCGGCGUCCGGUGCCUGCUGCGGACACGCAAAAGCAGGGGCGACAGUUGGGAACGGACAGACUGCCGAUAACAAAUGCUCCUCGAGCAGUGAGGGGCGGUAACGAACACGAGAAGAAGUGGAGAGCUACAAACCCGGAGAGAAGUGGCAACGGAGUCAAAUGGAACUACUGUUUAGGGUCUGAUUCCUUUCAGCGUGCAGAUUGGAUGUGCUAAUGUCUGCUGAGUAGACGGAGAAACUUGAUUGAUUCAUCUAUUUGCGGUUACAGAGAGAUUACAAAUUUGAGAUAUUGAUUGACCAUUCCAGGUAGGGGUAUUUUAUGCAGGGAUGUUAGUUGCUUGCGCUCAACAGCCUAAGCUAACUAGUGCAGGACUGAGAGUUUUCUGGUUUUCGAGCUUGAAGGGUUGCCAGUUGGAUAUAGGAUACCCUCUCAAGUCGCGGUCUGCAUGAUGCGGACCCCAAGUGUUUUCAACUCUGCUCCUAUGAGUCGCAGUUGCAG